AUGAGAUUGAGACUAAAAAUAAAAUUCUAUCAAGUGAAUAAUGAACGCUACUGCCUAAGUCUUCCUCAAAAGUAUUUGGCCGAACAUGCAAUGACCCAAUUUAAAAGCAAAAGCUUUCAUUCCUACUUUAUUUCUGUUUUGUCGGCUCGAGAUAUGCCACUGACCUCACAUAGAUCGGGCUUUUUAAAAAGGGUUCGAUUUGUAGUGAUUUAUGACGUUACGAAUGGCCGAUUGGGUUUGGGUUUAAAAAAUAAAACGAUUUGUUUGAUGAUGAAAGCAUUUAGGAUCGAAUUACUGCUUUCAUACAUUACUUGGGUUGCGAGAAAAUUUAAUCAAAUAAUCAUCGGACAUGUUGUCUCCACAAUGUACUCGAAGGUUAGACUUCAAUUAAACUUAAUAAUUGACUUCAACAUUGUCAAUUUUGAUCACAGAAUUAUUGUUCAUUUUCAUUUUAUCGACAAAAGAAUCUUUCAUACUAUUCAAUUGUUUUGUGAAUGGGAAGAUAAUGAUGUUCAUGAUAUAUCCGAUGUCGAUCUCAUAUAUGGUUGUGUUCUUGAUAUCCCACAUUUAUCUCAGAUUCAUUCGCAUUUCACAUCAUAA